AAUGCGGUUUAUCUACCUUAGCAUAUAGAUCAAUAUUUACAUGUGAAGAGACCGGAGGAAUUCCAGUUAUUUAAAUAAUAUAUCAACAAAUAGAAGAACAAAUUUUGUGAUAAAAACAUGACACGAAAACCAAAACGGGAGCGCCAAAAACUUUUACCUUGUAUACUACAAAAACUUUGUAAUUAGUUGUUAAUUAGUUUGUUCAACGGACUAUGACCACGGGUCAAAUUCUUAUAAUUGUUACGUAGAAAGGGGUUGAUAUGAACUUACGAGGAUUGUAAACAAGACAGUUCACGGGACCGUGAAGAACUCGUUUCACCGUACAACUUUGAAUGACAUAUGAUCAUAUCUCGCUAAGGAGUACAGAGAUAGAUAUAGGUGUUUUUGUUCAUGGAAAUAUGAUGUAGAUUUAUCUGUUGAAAUUCAUUUUUUAUUUUGAAUUGCUCAUUUCUUUGGAUUUUAUUUUUUAAAAUGUGGAGAUUUAAUAUUUUAUGCGUUUUAGUUGUAAUUCUUUUAUUUGGAAUAGUGCAGUGUCAGGAGUGUAGUGGACAACCAAGUGUUGCUGUUAUAGUUGUGGCUAGUGUUUUUAGUACACUAGCUGUUGUUUUACUGAUAUUUGGAAUUAUUUUCUUUAUACUGUGGAAAAGGAGAAGAGAUAUUUUAAAGCCCCAGUCUACACCAAUAAAAAAGAACAGAUUAGUAGAAGAGAGAGAUAGUGCAUCACCUGAUGGAGGACAUACCAAUCCAGGUUUCAAUGACAGUGACAUUCCUGCAGAUAUAAGUUUAGCAGAAGAAGGUGUUGGUGGCUACAUACAAUGUCAGGAAUACACAUCACCUGCCAAGAAAAAGUCUCCAAAGUCAUCUAUUGGUGAGGGACCAUCACAUAAGCCCUGGUCAUCACUACCAACAUCAGACAUUCCACCAGGCAUACAGAGAAAUGGAUCAGUUGGGUCGUUUGAUGAUACCUUCUUUGGAGUGGACCCAGAGGUUAGCAGUGUAUGGCUGCAGAGUCAGGAUUUCAUAGGUCUUGGAUUUAAUAUAGCUGGUAGCAUGAGAGAUGGUAUAUUUGUCAGUCAGGUUCACAACAGGGGACCAGCUGUAGAAUCAGGACAAUUUAAAGUUGGGGAUCGUAUUUUGAGUGUAACCAUUUCCUUUGAGAACAUGGUGUAUGAAGAUGCACUUACCAUUCUUAGUUAUGCCUCACCCUACCCUGUCAGAGUCACAUUACAAAAAGAGAAACUUGUACGUAAAGACCGUCGUGUCAGCGAGUCUCCGUCUACUCUCAGUCAUCCUCUGUACAGAAGUCAGUCAAUGGAUACGUUAAAGAAAAUAAGGAAAGAUUCUACAUUAAUGCCUCAAAGGAGCUUUAGUGAAAUGAGGCCAGAAAAAAAGAAGGAAAAUCAUCAAAGGUCAUCAGCGGCACCAUCUUUCUCUGGUAAAGGGGAAGCUUUCCCGACAAUUCAAGAAAAUGGAAGUAAGAAUGAUUUAAAGUUAACAAAUGGUGAGGAGGUCUUCAAAGAAACAGUAGUGACAGUAGAGAGGGAACCAACUAAUAUCCCAUCAGUCACUGUAGAUAUGGUGGACGGAAAUGAAAAACAUGACACGUCAAAUGCAACAGCUUUUGCUGCAAACUUGUUUGAUAAACUGAAUGAACAAGAUAAGCUAGAUAUGUUGAGACUAAGUUAUGAAGAUCCAAAUGAUGACUCAAAUAAUAGUAAAGUUGUUGUUUCAUCUGCUGAAACUUCUUUCACUGAAACUCCUAAAUCAGUAGGUUCUUUAGACUUGGAUACAGUUGUUGUAGAAUCAAAAUCUGCUCCAACCAAACCAGAAAGGAGGAAAAAGAAUCGGUCUAGUGGUAGCAGUGUAUCGUCCAGUGACAUUUCUAUCAGUCCAAGAGUUAGUUCAUUACAGUCACCAGAUAUUGAAGUACAGGAAGUGUUCACCGAAUCAGACGUACAGUUAUCAGAAUCACAACCAAAGUCCUAUGUAUAUAUAGAUGAGGUAUCAGAGGAAAUUAUCACACCUGCAAUUAAGGAUAGAAAUACUUCAGUCUUGAGUGACAAAAUUGAAUUCAGUGAUGUGGACAUUACUAUAAAAUCUGAUACCUCAAGGUCCUCACCUGAUAUCGGUAGUCUUACACUUGUGGAUUACAGCUUAUCAGAUAUGGAAAGUACUCUGAGACCGUCAACUCCUGAUAAUAGACCUAUUGUUGAUGAGGAACUUAUUACUCCAGAGCAUUCAAAGAAAGAUUCUUCUGGUCAGUUAUUAUCAAAUCUGAUAGCAUUUAAAGGUUCCCCAACCGAAAAUGGUGAAAAUUCAAGUAUAGGAUCAGAUGUAUGUAAUGAUACAGUAAUAAAAGCAUCCAAUAGCAGUUCAUCAUUUUCAAGCUCUGGCGAUGAAAAAAAUGAAUCAAAAUUACAAAAUACCUCAGAAGUUGACUUUAAUGUGACAUCAUCAAACCCUAGUUUGUUUUCUACACCAUACCCUAGCAGGAAUACAAAAGAAUCAAUCAGUGGUAUGUCCUACGAUAUAUCUAUGAAUGAAUUAAAUGAUAUAGAAACUCAAAUGAGCCAAAAAUCAAAACAAGAAAAGGAUUCACAAAAAAGGGGAAUAGCUUUUGAAGUGAGGGAUGAUUAUACUACUGGAUCAGUGAGAACAGUUACUGUUGAUUCAAAAUCAUCAUCUGUUUUGAGGACAAUGUCUUGUUUUGAUAAAAUUGGAAAUUUAGAACAGUAUGAAAAUACAUUGCAAAUGACAAGAACAGGUUCUUUCACAGGAAAUGUGACGAAAGAUUCUACUGACAAUUCAUUAGAUUGGUCAGGUAAAAGGUUAGUUAGGUCAGGAUCAUUUUCUGAUAUUCCACAGGAUGAUUCAGUUAAAGAUUGGCGAGACCAUAAUGUUAUUGAUGAUAGCGAUACCAUUAAUUCCAGUAUAAAUGAAGAUAUCAUUUCAUCAAAUGAUAGUAUCAAUGAAGAUGAAAGUGAACAAAAAGGAAUGAAAAAAUCAAAUUUCUUUCGAGCAAGAGAAAAUUUAGCAAAUUUGUCGGACAAUUCUGAAUCACUGCAGUCAUUACAUUCUUUGACAGAAUCAUCAAGUCGUAGUUCAACGCCACCACCUCCAUAUACUGCCAACGGGAAGGACAAUGGUCUCGGUUUGUCUCCGGAUUCCAUCAAACUCCCCAAUAAUUUAACAGAUGUAAUUUUCAAUACUGACAGUGACAAUAAUAUUAUUCCAGCGGUAAAAAUUGAAAAUAAAGAAAACAUUCGUGUGUCAGUUUCCACGUCCGGACAUGAUGACGAUGACACAGACUGUUGAUUUUACUAAUUACCUCAUGAACUGGUCAUUUUUGGUUAAAAAGUUUGGGCAUACAUGUAAAAACCUUUUAUUUUUGGAAAAAUCUUAUGGUGCUGUUCUAAAUAUGCAUAUUACUGUAUUGAAAUAGGACUUACAAUUAUAAGUCUGUUUCUGACUUUUCCUGCUGGAUGUUUUAAAACGUUAUAAAUACCCACCUUUAUAUUUCACCUACUUAUAUAGUUAUCAAUUAAUGAAUAUGAAAAUCUGCUUGCAUCAUACAAUAAGUUCCAUCAUUCUGUGUCUAUGGUACAUUGUCUGUUUUAGUAAAUAUGUAUGUUAAACUUAUAAUGUGAUGCUCAUGAAAUUCUACCUCAUUUCAACAUCCAUUUAUAAUUUUAUUGGUGAUUGUUUUUCUGUAAACAAAUUAAAAUGUGACAUAGAAUAAAUUACAGUUGAAAUGAAAGGAUGAACUUUUUUAAGAUCAGAAGAAUGUGUUGUAUAAUAUCCUAUAAACAAGUGUGUCAUGUUAAUUACAGAAAUAUUUGUUUCUUUUACAUUUGCAUAACAAAGGUUAUUAAAGUUGAACAACACUUCUGUAAUGAUUUUAACAUACUAAAGCUGGAAAAAUUAACAUUUUUAGCUAAUGUAUUCGAAGAUGUUUGCAGAAAAAAUUAUCCAGUAUGAAUUGUGUCAGGGUGAUUAGCCAAGUGAUUGUGACAGUAAACAUUUUGAAAUUGUUUAUACUCAAAUUUUAUCAUAUAUAUAUUUUGUAUAUUCAACUAUCCAAUGUAUGAUUUAUUUAAGGUCUUAUUGGAACUAUUUCUCCCAGAAACAGGGUUCUGUUUAAAAUCUAUGCAAAAUUUAAAAGUCAUAGUAUAUAUAAGCUUUUAGGUGAAACCACAGAUUUUUACUUUUAUUGAUAUGUUGCAGUUAAAUUUUAAUUCUGAUUUUUUUUAAAGUUAUAUAUCAGUUAGUUUAAAUUACCUUUUCAUUGUGUUUUUUUUUAUAUUUUUGCUUGAAUUUUAUAAGCAUUGCUUUUCAGUAUGCUUUGUAUGUUUCAAUGAUGGACAAUGUCACAAUACAAUUCAAUUUGAUACAGUUUGACGUAAUUUGUAUGCCUUAAUAAAAAGAAACAACUAAAACAUUUUUUCAAUAAUGCAAAAAGAAAAAUUACAUACCUAAAGCUAUUUAUUAUGUAGACAAUUUUUUCAUGAGUAGAAGGAAGGCUGGAUUAUCUCCCUUUAACUGCAAAAUGGGAUUUUAUAAAAAGGAAAAUUUGGAAUUUGACAUCAUAUGCAUGUUUAAUCAAUGUUAAAAAUAUUCAUAUAUAUGGUGCUUAAUUUGUUAUAUAUAAAUUCACAGGGUAGUUUGUCCUGCAUAGGAAUAAUUAAGACAUUUAUUCCCUGUUCUAUAUUUUAUUAAAGCUUAUCAUGGUUGACCACUCUGUAUGCUACAGCUAGUAUACUAAAAUAUUUUUGUUAUGCCAAAACAUUUCAGCAGUGCUAUUUUUUAUUGUCUUGUUUAAGUAUUUAUAUUAUGUUCAUGUUUUUGUAAUUAUGAAUUGUAGAUAGCUGUUUAAAUUGUAGAUUAAUUAUUAAUUUGUAUAUUAGUGUAUAUCUUAUAAUCUUAUAAUAUUAAGUGCAAUACUAUAGUCAAUAUAUAUACAUAUUUUGCAUUUUAACAUCAGGUUGUUUUAGUUGUUUAUCAUACAUAUAUACACAUUUAAUGAAAUGGAUAACAUAAUUUGAAAUAUUAAAUCAAUAUUGUGCAAAUGUUUAGAAUACACAGAUUUUAAUGAAAUGAAAAACUAAUAUGGAGGUAUUUAAAAAAAAAUCUUUUCAUUACAUUCCAUGAUAUUUAAUACUUAUAUUUUUAUGGUUAGACAUAAUUUUUUUUUAAUUUCCAAACUUUGUCCCAAAGUUUUAUUAAAAUAGUGAUUUAAUUCUGUUUUUAAACCUCAUUUAAUUCCAGUCUUAAUUUUUGCUCAUUUUAUAAGAUAUUUAUUUUACAUAUUUGAUUUAGAAAAUAUAGACCAAACAUUAAAUUUUGGUAUACCAUGACUAUAUAAUAGCAAUAUCAGGGUUAUUUUAAGUUGAAUAAUUUCCACUUUUAAAGCAAAUAUUUUUGAUUGGUCUGUAUGGCUGUAUUUGUGAAAGAAUGGCUCAUUGUUUUGUUGUUUUGAGUUAAUUCUAUGAGAACUGAUGUUUUGAAACAGGGUUACUUGCAGAUUUUAUUUGUAAUAUGUUUAUCCUUUUCAAUGAAUAUUCAAUUAUUUUUUUUUGCUGUUCCAGAAAAAAGAAUGUUUAAUUUUAUUGGACUAUAUUACGAGUUGUCCCCUUUGUAUGAUAAAUGUCAGAAUAAGAUGUUAUACAAUUUAGAUUCUCAUUAUUUUUCGACAGCAAAAUUAUUAAAAGGGAUGUUGGGGAAAGAUACGGACAAACAUUUUAGAACUAUCAGUGCAGUCAAAGUAUAGUUUUAACUAUGAUGUUUCUGAUAAGAGUUGAACAAAUAAUCUAGAGGGUUUUGUAACUUUUCAGUCUUAAAAAAAAAUUGCAUAGCCACUGGCCUAUAACCGAUUUGUUAAGGGCUUAAUACUUUUACAUAUGAUUAAGAUGCAAAUAGGUUAACAGUUUUUAUUAAGAACCAAUCAUUUCAUAGUUCAUGGAUUCUAUUUUAGUUAAUAUCAAGUAAUUUGAUAGUUUCAGACGUAUAUUUUUUAUUUUGCAGCCAACAAAGUUUGAAUGAUUGUAUUUGGUGUAUGAUUGGUUUUCUGGCUAUCUUAUAACUGUAUUGCAGAUGUCAGGCACAAACCCAAUUAAAUUAUUUUUAUUUAGUUUAUUUUUUUCUUAAUACCUUUUUGCAGAUGCAAGGAUUUUUUAAUCUAAACAAAAAGAUUUUUUUUAAAAACAACGAAUAUAAGUAAUUUUAUUAUGUGUAUAGCAAUGACAAUGUAGAUAAAUAUGUUAUAUUUACAAUAUUUGUGUAUCAUGACAAAUAAAACAUACUCAGGUU